AUGUUCUGGGGAAAGGGAAAAGAAGAGCCACCCCCUGAGCCCCAAGAGCCCGUUAAACGGGCAAAGCUCAACCCUCAUCUACAAAGAAUCGUCGAUCACGACGACCACUUCUACGACGAUGUGUACAGUCCAUACUCCGUCGACUCAACCGACACCCCCUACCGCUACGCCGGUUACGCCACACGUGUGCGCACUCUCCUCCUCUCCGCCCAUCGCUACGUCGCCUACACCUCCGACAUAGGCGAGUCAUUCCGCCCAAUCGCCCAUCCCAUCCUCGUGCGAUCCGCAUACGCCAUCUCCUGGACGUACCUACUCGGCGAUGUCGGGCACGAAGGGUACAAGGCGUACCUACGCAACCGGCGGGUCCUGGCACCACCCUGCGAGGCAUACAAGGAUUCGUCAGACCUAACACAUCAGGAAGUAGUCCUGGGCAUGGCGACGGGAAAUGUCGCGGGACCGUUGAACGACUCCCCUUCGUCAUCAGGUUCAUCACGCCUUAGCAGACAAGAGGCGGGGGGUGGUGAUACGCUCACGCCCUGGCCGACAGCGCGAGUCCCGCUGAUUGAAGAUUACCGGGUAGUUAUGGCGCAACGCGCAUUGUUCCAGGGUCUCGCAAGUAUGGGACUUCCGGCUUUGACGAUCCAUACUGUGGUGAGGUAUUCUGGGCGGGCGUUGAAAGGCGCAAAGAGUACAUUUAUGAGGACGUGGGCUCCUAUCGGGCUCGGUCUCUCCGUCGUUCCGUUCUUGCCUUACAUCUUCGACCACCCUGUCGAGAAUGCAAUUGACUGGGUGUUCCGCAAUGGACUACGUAUUUACGGAGGUGAAGGCGCCAUCCGAGAGUUACCACGGCAUUCAGAAGUUUCAAGGACAGGGAAGGAUCAAGAUCACGAGGACCCUACAUCUCUAGACCAUUUCCAUAUCAAGGUGCAAAAGGGGGAGGCUCCAGCCAACGGGAACGUACGCUGGGAAGACUAUAAAGAGGAUCUGCUGCGCGCGAAAGAGCAGAGGAAGCGCGAGCGCGAGGAGCGCGGAGAGUCUGGGAUUCUGGCAAUGUUGGGGUUCGGGUCAAAGCAGAAAGAGAACAAGAACAAAACUGAGUGA